AUGGAAACCCAUCUUCAAAGGCUUGUUCAACUUGCAUAUAACAAAAUUUUAGGAGGAAAAGUUAUUGAGGGUGUUGAGAAACUUGACCAUGCAUCAACAUUGGCAAUUCUUGCUAUCCACAUUUCUUUUAAUGUAUCACCACUUUUUCAAUUGUCAACUGAAAAACAUGAUGAUAAAUUUGCAGAGUCAACUGCAUCAAAACUGACACCUAUAUUUUCAGAAAUUGAUGAGGAUAUCCAUAUCCAACUAGGAUUAGAAUGCAGUUCAUUGAGUCUAGCAAAGGAAUUUUGA